AAGAUAAAGCCUUUAUCCCCUCACACCUUAUCAUGCAUAAUGCAGCACAAUCCCCAGUCAUACACGAUUGGAUAGACUGGUUGUCUGUUUGGUAUAGUGCUUGUUUGUAAAGACUGUGUCCAGCUCAAGGGGUUGCAUUCACUUUUAUGAGUUUUUCUACUUUUAAAACUCACUUAAACAUGAAAGGACAAAUUUGUAUUGCGUCUGUGAUUUUGAUGUCUUUGUUUUGUUUGGGACAAACACUUGAGUGUUUUCGGUGUGAUCUUGGAUUCUGGAAUCUGUGUUUCACUACUAAGACAAACUGCAGCGAUGAUGAGUUGUGUUAUGUGGGAAUUGGUAAAGCAGCUUCUGUCCUGGAUAUAAAGGUGAUGGGUUGUCUUCCCAUGGAGGAAUGCAACAAGACAACAGUUGUAGAGUUUCUUGCCAACAAGACCUUAUACUCCAUGAAGACCACGUGUUGUGAGGAAGACUUCUGCAACUCCGGCCUUGCAGUUCAGUUGUCCCUCACUCCUCUCUUUCUUACCAUACUUCUCAUUGCCCAGAUGAUGGGUGUGUUUUGAUGAUUUCUUUGUCUUUUUGAACUUCCAAAAUCUAAUUGUCAUAAGGGACUGAAGGCUUUUCAUGUUUACAUUCUUCACGUACUGUUAUUGUUCAAUUUACUGUUUUGAAUGAUCUAAAACGGCUGCCUUUGUGCCAGAGCAUGGUUGGAUACUAUUUUUCUAGCUAGUUCUCUUUAUCCAAAAAGAGGAACGAUUACUAAUAAAAUAUUUAAAAUGCGCAUGUUCUUAACGCACUGUUUUAUUGUUAAAUAAAUGCAAAUGUCAAAACAUU